GUAUGUCACCACACGGGUUCCCGCUACUGCGCCCGCCAGACUGCGAGUCUCUCACACACCCGCCCGCUCCCGCCCUCACCUCACCGCCCGCCGGCCGGCACCAGGUAACCUGCGCCCCCAGCACCGGCUCACGUGUCUACCUGCGCCCCCAGCACCGGGUCACGUGUCUACCACUCUACCUGCGCCCCCCAGCAUCGGGUCACGUGUCUACCUGCGCCCCCAGCACCGGGUCACGUGUCUACCUGCGCCCCCAGCACCGGGUCACGUGUGUGGAGGAACAUGUCUGCCAAGGAGGCCUGGGAGAGAUCUGAGGGGGAACUAGAGCAUAUGCAAGGUGUAGCCCGUGCCUGGGACAGCCUCCUGGAAGCCAAACAUGUGUUACAGAGGGUAGAGAGUAACGCUGGUAUGAGGGAGCGGCGUCGUACACGGGCGCAGAGAAUCCGCAGGAGGCUGCAGCUGGACGGAGACGCGUUCUCUGGUCUGGAUUCCUGCUCAUCGGCAGUCAGCGACCACUCGCCCCCAGGGAGAGAACCAAUGUUCCGGAGGAAGCCUGACCAGACUUUCACUAUAUACAGCAAAGAACAAGACGGACACCCCACUCCCACUGUGGAGCUUCCGCCCAGGUUCUCAGGGAGGCGCAAACUCACAUUGUCACCACACCGAGAUAGACCAGCCUUGUUUAUCUGUAAUCCAGGUGGAACGAAUGCUGCAAAACCUAGCAUCAGAACCUGUCACGAAAACACUUUGGGAACGGGAAUGCAGGAUGAUUACUGUGGUGGCCGGGACAUGGACGGUAGAUCCUUCUUAGAAGAGCAGGGAGUGGAUGGAAGAUGCUUCUUAGUAGAGCAGGGAGUGAAUGAAAGACGCUCCGUAGAAGAUCAUAGUAUGCAUGGAAGACGCUCCUUAGAAGAUCAUAGUAUGGAUGGAAGACGCUCCUUAGAAGAUCAUAGUAUGGAUGGAAGACGCUCCUUAGAAGAUCAUAGUAGGGAUGGAAGACGCUCCUUAGAAGAUCAUAGUAGGGAUGGAAGACGCUCCUUAGAAGAUCAUAGUAGGGAUGGAAGACGCUCCUUAGAAGAGCAGGGAAUGGAUGGAAGAUGCUUCUUAGAAGAACAGGGCUUAGAUGGAAGACGCUCCUUAGAAGAUCAUAGUAUGGAUGGAAGACGCUCCUUAGAAGAGCAAGGUGUGGUUGGAAGACACUCCUUAGAAGAUCAUCGUAUGGAUGGAAGGCGCUCCUUAGAAGAGCACGCUGAGCAGGUUCCGGAAGGACUUGGUUUGUUUCUCCCAGGCCACCAUCCACAACCCAUGAAUCACGCUUAUAUUUCUGAUCCACGUGGGACCUCUCCACUAUCUGUCAGUCAUACUCAGCCUGAGAUAAGAACUUGUCUGUCACCAGAGGCUCCUUCUCCUCUGCUCACCCCAAAGGCCGGCCUCUACGCUCAGAAACUGGUCUACCUGAAGAGCAGAUCUCCUACAAACAAGCUUGAAAGACUGAAGGAGAGGAUCCGAGAACAAAAAAGGCGACAAGAUGCACUCAAGAGGAAUCAAACCAAAUCCCUUCCAGAUCCAGAGCGCACGCGGAGACCGGGGAUGACGCGGAAAGUCUGCAAGGUGACAUUUGGACUGCAGCCGACCAUUUGCAAAGCAGGCAGAUGCCACAAAGACAGUGGGAAAGAAGCGAAAAGCAAGAGCCCCGCUUCCAGGAAACUGAUCUUUAGGUCCCCGUUGCCAGAGACGACGGAGAGAAAACGCGGACUUGAUCUCUACGGAGCGUCUGCCUGGAGGGAAGGCCAGAAACUUGUCCAGCAGUUGCUCGGGCCCUCGACGGUCACAGCAAUGAGACGGCGUGUGACUAAGACAGACUCCUAUCAAAGCCUUCAAGAAGGAAGUGACGGAAUGACGCGCCGUAAAGCAGUGGCACAAAGCCAGCCAGAGGAGAGGCGUCAGCCAUGUCACCGAGAAUCAGCGGGAGGUGUUGGCAACAAGCAAAGCAGAGGUCCAUACCAGGUCCUAACUGAGGUCUCAGAUGGAAAUAAGGGAGCAAGAUGCACACACAGGAUGAUGGGUAGAGAUAAAGAGAACAUAGAAGAUGUUAGAGCAAAAAGUGUUUCUCCAAAGCGACCCCAUGUAGCAUUGAAUAACCAGGAGAAGAGAUCCACUGGAAAGGAGAACAUCAGACAGGAUGAGGAAGAUCAGCCAAAAAGCAGCAAAACGCGUGGUUACAGUGUUGAGGAGGUCAGGAGCUUUAUGAAGAAGAAGACUAUAGAGAGACAGAAGGUGCAGCGUGAAAACCGGAGGAAGAUGGUUAAAGCCAUGCAUAUAAGACGAGAGCAACUCUACAGCGUACUGAGAAAGCAGAGAGACGCGUUUCCACCAAGGAGACGUUCUAUAGGCAUGGUUACAUGCAGCAGGAGCAGUCAACUGCAGCCUUGUGUAACGGGACAUCUGGAGAAUGCCAGGAAAGACCACUCGUGGCUUCACGUAACGUCCUCUGAGCUGCUGAGAGAUGGAUCCAGUGGGAAAAGCAGAACAGGCCUACCGGAGGAUCCCCUAAACCAGGAAUGUUCUAGCCCGCUCCGUCUCCGAGACCUGGCUACCGGUCUCUCUGAUUGGCAGACAGCGCACCCGAUGGAUGACACCGCAAAGAACCGCCUUUAUCCUGAUGCUGUACCGGGGAACCAGGCCACCGAGCUCUUCUCUCAGUACAGAAGCAGCCAGGAGCGAGUGCAGGCCAUCCGGGCCUUAGCCAGGGAUCUGGGGAGGAGAGUGGAACAUGAAGCUUACAGGUUGGGUGGUGUACACAUCGCCCCGCAGUCCUGCAGCGCUGAGACUCCCGCCUCUCCAAAAGCACCUUCCCAACUGUGUCCAGAGUCUGGUAGAUCUCCUGUGCCAGCCGCACCCAGCCCUGCACAAUCGGCGGCAUUGGGGAGACACAGCGCCAAUACUCAGACGUUCCCAGAAAGCGAUGGCAUUCCGUCCGUAACACCUACUUCUGGCAACACCGCCUUACUGCAGACUGCCGGCCACUCCAAGGUUCCCCGUGGGCAGCUGAGAAAACACCUGCAUGGCGUAAAUAAAGAAUACACAGAGGAAUUGGUCUCUCCAACGGGAACGCUCCAACCAAAUAUCCGCAUUGUGGAGACACAGAAAAACUGCAUUACCCGUCAUCCCGGUAGUGCAAGGACACAGAGAGGAUCUGAAUUUAGGAUCCCGAAAGCCUUAAGGGGCAAGACCUUGUCAUCACCCAGGCGUAAAGCUGCGUCUUCUGUGUAUGGCGACAAGAAGGUGAAUCCUGUUCUGCCUCCACAUGAGGAUUCCUCACCACCAGUGAGUUACGUGUGUCAGACACAGAUGGAUAUAUCAGACAGAAUGAAGAUUCAGAUUAAGCAGCAAGAGAAGGACCUGGCCGCACUGAGGCAGAAAGCGGAGUUGGAGGCACGGGAGGCACAGACGUGUUUGGAGGAAAUGUUGCGGCAUAACAGCCAGCAGAUUGUGACACCCACAGCGCGGUCUCCCGGGGAGCGAUGGAGCCAUUCUCAUCAUAGAGGCAUUACUGAGCGGGGACUGGCCGGGCUGCUGUCUGAGGCUGAUUUGGACGGUCGCACGAACACUUGUAGUACAAGUCAGAAUAUUCCGGUACAAGCACACGCUACACCCGCUGGACGUGGAACCUCAGAGCACACGUGGGACCACACUGAGCCGGCCACAGACUCCACUAGCCAGUGGAGUGAAGUCAGCGAGUUCUACGGUUCCCCGGACAUGUUCAGCCGCCUUACCCUGGAGAUGGUUCAGCAGUACCUGCGGGAGGAGGAGCUACGGGCCAGACACCAGGCCGCAUUGCUCAGGCUCCGGGAAGAGGCGCUCAAGGAGAAGACCAAAGCCGAAUUAGCUCUUCUCCAGCAUCAGAGGACCUAUUGGGAGAUGAGGACGGAGGACGGGAAGGUGGGAGACCUCCUGAGACAAGAGGAGGAAAUCCAGAAGAGCCUGAGGCAGGAGCAGGCAGAAAUCCGGCAGUUGCACAACAUGUACAAGGCUGCCCACCAGAAGAGGAAGCUGCUGCUGCGGCAACAGAAGGAGAUAUUGCGGAUCCGGCGGUCCGCAGCGCACAUACAGCAGAAGUUGCAGAGCUCUGCGGUGGCUGCUCAGGGCACAGACCGUCCGCUGCUGAGAGACGACACCCUGCGUCAUUCCACGUCAUGCUCCGACGACCAGCCGCACCAGAACACGCAGUCCGCCAUCUCGGACCUCUCUGCGGAUGAUGACGUCACAGAAAACGUGGAGGGAGUGAACAUAGACCGGGCACACGCAGCAGAAGAUGGACAACCACCGCAUGCCCCAGAGGACCACCAGACCAGCAGUGCCGGAGACAGGCUGCCGACACACGAUGGAGCCGUCCAGAGCAAUCCUUUAUCAGGAGACCGAGAACAUGUGACGGAAUCUCUUCAGAAUAUUCUAACUAAUCUGUGUGAGAAGUUUCCGCCGACUCAGAACAAUCUGUGCAAUCACUCACAGGAGAAGCCCAUAUCUGCUAAUGAAGAUGAUUCAGGGGUGUUUGCAAAUACACCCAAAACAUUCAACGUUCCUGCAGGAGAAUGCGGGGACAAGCUGCGUCCGGGGGAUCAGGAGGAAACAACAGACCCUAAAAAAUCUGGCGGCCCGGAAGGUCAACCAGAAGGUUCUGACGUGAUAACAUCAGACCAUGAAGGCGCAGAGGACGUCCACUUGGUGUCGGAACCCAGCAGCGGUCACAGUUCUCAUAGUGCGUCGGCAUCUAAGGUCCCGGACCCAGCAAGCAACGCUCUCUGCCCCUCUCUCGCAGAGUUUCAGAAAGUUUCUGCUAAGCUCAUUCACAUCUCUGAGAGUUCCAUCUCUGACCGCGGGCAGGAGGGCCAGGAUACCGAGAGUGGAGAUUCCGAGGUGUUUGACAUGGAGGCCCCGGAUAUCACACCUGAAGGACAAGGUGACUGGGGAGCAGAUCUGGCCGGUCAGGCCUAUGUUAUUCGUCAAAAUGAGGGAGAACAGGAAAUAUUGUCUAGUAGCGGAAACAAAGAAAUUCCCAGAGAUGAAGCGUCUGCUGAUGGCACAGUUAAACCGCCUUCCUCCUCGUUACAAGCUGCAAUGUCCAGAGGUCCAGCAGUAUUUGUUAUGGAGGAGACAAAAUGUAAAACUGCUCCUUUGGCAUCGGAAUCCUUUCCCACGUCUGAGGACCUGACGGACACGAACACAAAAACAUCCAGUACAAGCCAUGUGCCUGACAGCCAGGCCAGUAAUGCUGUCAGAGUUACAGACACACAGAAGCCGACGUCAAUGAGUGCAGAAGAUGUUAGUAAUGCGGCGGGAAUGACUUCUCCUGACACUAAAGACCGGCAAAGAGUGACGGAAACUAAUGGGAAACAAUCUGUUACAGAAAAUGUAAUCUUCCAGAAAAGUGAGAUGGGGCCAUUUCCAGCUUCAGCCUCCGCAGAUUUAUUUCACAUUAAAAGCUUUCCACAUCGGAGUGAGGGAGAGAUCGUAUUCAUCACCGAGGAGGUUCUAGAGCCUAUUGAAGAUGCCCUGUCAGAGAUCUUGUCUCCAGUUGAUGAAAAGCUCUCUUACGAAAGUGCGGACUUGUACUCCACACAACAGGAGCUGAGUGAGGAGCUUCCCUCACUUCCUGGAGAUGGAGACUCCAUUAAAAGUGGUUAUAGCGACACAGAAGACUUCCCCAGCCCACCUGAGGAGAUGCUCUUGUCCGGGACGGCAAGCUUGCAGAGUAGUGGGGACGCUAGCCUAAUGGAUGAGAUCCAUGUAUUAUAUGGCAGCCUGUUAGCAGAGGACAUUCCCCAGCAGAUACACCAUGAUGGGCACUCAGGAACUUCUCCCCUCGAGGCUGAGGACACCAGAGAGUCACCUGAAGUUAUAAAGCAGCGUAACCCGUUCCUAACAUUAUCAACGGCUGACGAUGAUACACACGAUCCACUAUAUACUUUUGAGAUUGGAGAUAGAGUAUUGGUGAAGCUUUCAAAGCCGGGUACGCUAAAGUUUAAAGGGUUAACCUCCUUCAAGGAAGGUCAUUGGGCAGGAGUGGCCCUUGAUAAGGCUGAAGGAGAUAACGAUGGUACAUAUGAAGGGGUAAAGUAUUUCCAAUGUCCUAAGAACUGUGGUGUGUUUGUCAGACCCGGGGAGAUCUCACAUCUUUUGUUUGAUGAGAAGGAGAAUCCUGAUCAGCUGGGAGAUGACCAUUCGUUUGACGAGGGUCCAUCGCCAAGUCAUUUCCAAUCUCCAGAAAAAGCCGAUGGAGACCCAAGAAGAAGACGACGACAGGAUGACAAUGGUGAGGUGGAACAGGCUUCACAAAAGGACACUAACCAGACCUGGUCAAGGGGUUUGGAGUCAUGCAACAAUGUUACUGAUCUAGAACUUGCCCUCAGGAAGGAGUCGGAGACCGAUCCCAGUGAGCAGGAAAUAUAUUUUAUCGGUAAAGGAAGCCGGUUCCAUCCACUCACAUCCCGAAACGCACCGGACGCAGAGAUAGGUGGACACGUGGACAGUAUUGCUCAUGUAUUAGCAACCGAAAUUAUAAAGGACUGUAUAAAAGAAUAUAAAAAGAAGAGGAGAAUACAAGGAAAGGAAAAUAAUCCAUGGUCUCCGACGAGUUCCUCUAGCCCGUUACUGCUGAGGAAAGGCCACAUCCAGGGGACAUCUGAAGAUACCACACAGCGGGUGACCGCGGCGAGGACCUGCGGGAAGAGCUGCGAGCACGUUACCCGCCAACGGGGGGCGCUCUCACUCCACGUCACCAAUCUGCAGGGCAACUAAUCUCUCAUGCACUUUCUCUGGUGUGUUGGAUAGUAAGCACGUACAGGUCUGCGCUCCCGUCAUCUCUGCUCCUGUCUGAACCCUGAUCUGGUAGAUGACAAAGAUCCCGACAGCCGGCAAACUGAAGAGCACCCGAUAAAUGUAUUAUGAGAAAUAUUUGACUAGAAUUUUGCUAUAUCAAGCAGCGCUACUUUCAUAGGGGUAAAAUGGCAGCUUUCCGCGUGAUUGGCCGGGGACUGCUGAUUUAUAAAGAUCACUUUUUGAUAA